ACUCGAACUAUAAACAUUCCUCAACGUUUAGAAACUGUGAAUACCGAUAAAUGUGCAAGAUGUUGAUCAAAGUGAAGACUCUGACCGGCAAGGAAAUCGAGAUCGACAUCAAGCCAACCGAUACCGUCGAUCGCAUAAAGGAGCGCAUUGAGGAGAAGGAGGGCAUACCGCCCCAACAGCAACGUCUGAUCUUCUCCGGCAGGCAGCUAAACGACGACCGGACAGUUGCCGACUACAAGGUGCAAAGAGGCUCGGUGCUUCAUCUGGUACUGGCCUUGCGUGGCGGCACGCCUUAGAGAAUACACUGCUCCACUUCGUUUUAAAUUUCUGUAUAGUUAAAUGUUUAAGGAAUUAUGUUAGAUUUACUGAUUUCCAUUCCCCCUUUUCGGGCUGCCCCAACACCACAACACAUCGCGAUUGGUAGCUGCAAAAUUAAAUUGUUAGUGCAAGUGGGACAAACAAAUAAACAAAAUAUAUCACACUUAUUAUAACAUA